UUGUUGAGGAAUAAAUUUAACUAUAAAUUUUUUAGUUGAAACAUAAAAAUAUUAAUUGAUAAUUAUUUUAUUUUUAAUUACAAAUUUUAUAUUAAGACAAAAGUAAAAAUUUUUUAUUGUAAAAGUAAAAAGUUAAAUUUAACAUUUCACAAAAUAAAUAAAAAAGUACAAAAAUAGUAUUUAAUAGUUACUUUUAUUACUAAACAAUAUUUAUGUCUUUUUUUGAAGGACAUAUGCCUUGAUUGGACCACCAUGUUUUACCGAAUAUAUAAAUUAAAAGAACCAAAAUAUAAUAUUGUGAUCAGGCUAUAGCUAUAGCUACCUAAUAGCUACACCAGUACUUAUUAUAAUUAAUUAAAUCAAUUAUUUUUAUACAAAUAAUUUAAUAUAAUUUGUGUGUUAUUAUAGCUGUACUGUACGUUGUUAAAUUUUGUUUUCUAUAUAAACUGAGUUAUAUUUUGAGACUAAACCUUACCUUGCUCCCAAAAACACCAGCACCUAUAUCUAUAUAUAUAUAUCUAUAUCUUUAUAUAUAUAUAACUCUGCAAAAUAUGCCACCGGAAGGCCCGGAACCACCACCUCUUUGCCCUAAUAAUAAUAAUAUUAAUUGUAAUAAUAACGUUACUAUUAUUACAAAUGAUAAUAAUAAUAAUAAUAAUGUCACUUAUUUGUCCCCCAUGAAUGGAGGAAAUGAUAUUAACAGCUACUAUGAAAACUCAUCUUUUCAGAGGAUAGCUGCAAACUUUGAAUGGCUAAAGAUCAAAGAUGAAAUCAUAGAGAAAUUCAACAUUGAAAACAUUAAUAUUCUUGCAUCGAAUAAUUAUAAUAAAACAAUUAUUCGAAUAGCAGAUUUUGGAUGUGCAACAGGACCAAACACUUUCUUGAGCGUACAAAACAUUAUAGAAUCCAUUAAACAAAAAUACAAAACCCUAAAUAUUCCAAACCCUACUCAUCAUCAUGAUCAUGAAAUAACUACAAGAAAUUGGCUAGAGUUUCAAGUGUUCUUCAAUGACCUAGUCAAGAAUGAUUUCAACACCCUAUUCUCAUCUCUCCCUAAAGAUCACACUAAAGACUACUUCGCCGCAGCCGUGCCUGGCUCCUUUCGCGGCCAAUUAUUCCCAGAGGCCUCUCUCCAUUUCGCGUACACUUCUCACUCUCUCCACUGGCUCUCUGAGUUGCCCGAGGAACUGGGAGACGAGGCCUCGCCAGCCUGGAAUAAAGGGCGAAUCCACUACACUGGUGAAGGCACACCGAGUGGAGUGGUUGAAGCUUACAAAUCGCAAUUCGGUAAGGAAAUGGAGAUGUUUUUGGAAGCUAGGGCAGAAGAGCUUGUUGUUGGAGGAAUGUUGUUCAUGAUUUUUUGUGGUUCUCCUAAGGAUAUGCCUCUUUCUUCUACUGCAAAUGCUACUACAUUUGAUUUCAUGGCUUCUAUUCUCAAGGAUUUGGUUCAAGAGGGAAUGAUUGAAGAAAGUGAAGUGGACUCAUUCAACAUGCCUUUAUACAACUCAGCAAGUCCAGAAGAUAUGAAGGAUUUGGUUGAAAGAAAUGGUUGUUUCACCAUUGAAAGGUUGGAGCUUUCAAAGCCAUCUUCUUGGCUUGAUAAUAAAGAAAUGGAACAAGUAGAAGAGAUGAUACAGGUGUGGAUGAAGCACGUGCGAGCUGUAAUGGAGGGCAAUUUCAUUCAACAUUUUAAUAAUAAUAAAGCUCUACUACUUGUUGAUCAACUCUUCACACGCUUGACCAAAAUGCAUUUGGACCACUCUCACUUGCUUCAACUUUGGUGCAACCAAAAAGUUCAGCUCUUUGUUGUUUUAAAGAGGAUUCAAUAUCAAUCAUAAUUAUAUAUCUAUCCUUCAUAAUCGUAAGUCACGCUGUAGAGUUGUAAGUCGUGCUGAUUCUUGUGAGAACAUUGCUCAAGUUAUCUUUGAUCUUGAUGAUGCUUAGCUUAUAGCAGGAACCCUACUAUGUAAUGUUUGAUAAUUAAAUCAAAUAAA